CAGAGGAAACACCAUUUGGAGGACAAAGAGGAACUGCAGGCAAAACUAAUGAAAGACAGUGAGAUUCGCAAGAAGAAACUCCAUAAGUGGGAUGAAAAAUGCAAACAGAAGCUUAAGCCAGAAUUGGUUGAUGGAACUGAGAGCAGACGGGCUUCUCAUUUAGCUCAGAGGGCACUAGAAAUGAGACUAGAACUGGAAGAUGAUGUAAAAAAAGCAAAUCAGCUUAUCCUCAGCACCAAAUGCCAUGCCAUUCGGGAUGCUCAAGUGCUGGAGAAGACGCUUAUGCGGCAAGAGCUAGAAGAGAAUGAACUGAAGCUGGACCAUAUGAUGGAACAAGAACGUUUACGAGGAUUGAAAGAAGAGGAGCGUCAAAAAGAGAAGAAAGAUUGUCAAAAAUAUGAAUAUGUACAACAGAUUAUGAAGCAAAUGAAAGAUAAUGAAUCUGAAAGACUUAAAGAAGCAAAAUAUAUUGAAGAGGAGAGUGAGAUGAUGAAUAAACUGAGAGUUCAAAUGCAAAUAGAAGAGCAAGAAGCUGUACGCAAAAAAGAAAAAGAACAAGAAAAAAUGAAAAAGGGACUCGAUGAAGUGAACAGACAAUUGUUGGAACUACAAGAGAAAAAACGACUUGAAAUCCAAGCACUAGAACUCAGGGUUCAGGAAUACUUAUGCCGAAAGGCGGCUCAACAUAGAUCUCGUCAACAACAGCAAGAGAAGUUAAGACUGGCAAAAGAACAGGAACUGGCCCGUUUACGUUCUUUGCAAGAACGGCAACAAGAAUUGCAAGAAAAAAUGGAAGAAAUAUACGCACAGCGAGUACAAGAUGAGAUGGAACGUGAGUGGCGUCGAAGAGAGCUAGAGGCUGUCCGCAAGAAAGCACAGACAGAUGAGGAGCUUAAGAAGGCACUUGCUGAGCAAGUCAAAGAGAGACAGCGCAUUCAAGCACUGGAGAUUGCAAGGGAAAAGCAGGAAUUUGAGAAAGUGCAGAAGAUACAGGAGCAGCUCGCAGAAAAGGAAAGACAGGAGCAACUGAAGAGAUUACAGGAUCUUGAGGCACACAGGAAAGCCAUAUUGCAACAGAUGAGAGAGAAAGAGAUACAACGUGUUCGGGAUAGAGAGAAAAUGUACCAAGAGGCUUUAGAACAGCAUAAAGAAAGAACACUUCAUGACGAAAAUGUGAAGAAUGUUAUGUGUAAAAAGAUACACAAUCUAAGGCAUCAGAAAGUUCCAGAGCGCUAUAUUAAAGAGAUUGAACGGGCACUCAAGCUUAAACCAUAAUCACUGGUACUCCAAACUGGAUAUUGAGCAGUGAUGAAGGUCACUUAAUCUAUCUUCCACUAUUAAACUGCUACCAAAACCUGGGAGCAAUGCAGUUUCCAUACAUCUUAUAGUAUUUGGUUUGUCCACACGAAUAAUGAACAAGGGCCAAUAUUGUAAUUAAGAGAUGCACGUUUUCCAUCAAACAAUAGUUAUUACAAUGCCCACAUUUCAUAACUUGAAUUGUUUGAUGUAGUAAUUAUAGUUUUUCAUAGAUGCUUAAGAAUUUGUCUA